ACGAUGGGAGCUGUAAUUUUUAAAGUUUGCGCAGUUCUCGUGUGCUACCCACAUAGGCCUUGUUUAACACUCUUUCACUCAUUAUUACAUUAUGAAUAAAGCUGAACAAGGUAAAGCUUUGGCUCCUGUUGUUGUUGGUACAGCCGCAGCCUUAUAUCUCUCUUAUAAGAUUUUUCACUCCCUACUUUACAAAAACAAUAAGUAUAUCAAAGAAAUCCCAGUGCCUGGCUCUUCUUAUCCUUAUGUAGGACAUAUGUUUUCUUUGGGAGAUAUGCCAGCCGAGAAGAUUUCACAAUGGCAUAAGGAGCUUGGUCCAAUUAUCAAAUUUCGUAUGGGUGUUCAAACUUGGGUUUCGAUUGACAGUCCAGAAUUGGCGCACAAAGUCAUGGUAACAAACGGCAGCAAAACAUCACAUAGAACUGAAAAUGAAUUCAUGUUUCAUAUGUAUAGCUUUGGAGGAAAAGGUAUUGUCAACUCACAACCAAACGCUGCAUGGAAGAAAGCAAGAGCAGCAGUUGCCGCAGCUAUUGCGCCUUCUGAAAUUGAGCUUUAUAUGACCUCUAUCCAGAAUCAAGCAAAACAACUGGUAGAUACACUUAUGGAUUCAUCUGACAAGACGAAAGCUGGUAUAUUUCCAUUCAAAGAUUUACAAUUGUAUGUUAUGAAUACUGUCACGUUGAUUGCAUUUGGAAGAACCUUUCCUACUAGAGAUGACCGUAAAUUUAUUGAGAUAUCGGAAACAAUUGACGAGGGUUUUAAGCUCAGUGGUGUAGACUAUGAUUUGGCAAAUUAUUUGCCUGUUUUCACCAUUUACGAUUAUUUUAAAGGCGUUCGAAAAAUUCUCAACCGACACUUGAUAGAAAAACGCAAUCCUGUCUAUGGCAGCUUGAUUAAAGAUGCACAUUAUACUGAUGGGCCAAAUCUUGUAAAGUAUUUGGAUGAUCAUGGUUAUGGUUUAUCUAAAGAAGAAACAAUGGUUAUCUUUUCUGAUUUAACAGGAGCAGGUACAGAUACAAACUCGGUGUAUUUAUGUUGGACUAUCGCAAUCAUGUGCCACCACCCAGAGGUUCAGAAAAAAAUAGCGGCUGAAAUUGACGACUUUAUUGAAAGAAAUGAUCGUCUUCCUCUUUUCAGCGAAAGGUUGCAGUUGCCUUUCUGUAUCUCAGCUAUGAAGGAAUGCAUGAGAUUUAAACCGGUUACGGCAUUCGGUAUUCCUCAUUUGGCUAUUGACGAUAUUGAAGUCGAUGGCUAUAUAAUUCCCAAGGGCGCUACCAUUAUUCCAAACAUGAUGAGUAUGCAUAAGAAUUCAGAAUUUUAUCCAGACAGACCUGACGAAUUUGUGCCCGAAAGAUUUAUGAAUGCACUCGAAACAUCGUCUGCUGCAUCUAAGGGUAAACUGGAAAACCGAGAUCAUUUUAACUUUGGAUGGGGAAGACGUAUUUGUCCUGCAAUCCAUAUGGCUGAAGUAGAAACGUUUAUUGGAUUUAUUGAAUUGAUGUCUCGAUGCUUUAUUGAACCUGGUGAGGAUGGCAUGCCUAACAUCAACAAAGCAGACAAUGGAGGCAUUGCUAUUUUACCACUUCCUUACAAAGUCAAAUUUACAAAUCGCAAAAAUUAAACUUUGAUCACUUCUAACGGAAUUUACUAAAGUAUAAUCAAAGAAGCAACAACUACUACUUUUCAAUGAAACAAUAAAACUAAAAAGUGAUUGAAGCUUUACUUCUGUCGCUUAAGUUAAAAACAACUUCAAAAUAUUUCUAUUCGAAUCCAAACCUGCAAAUUAUAAUCUACCCAUGGAAAACGUAAUAAUGUUUAAGACUAAAUACAAAACUAUGUCUAAAGUGGACCUUCAUCGACCUUUUGAAUAUUUAAAUUCUUUAAUAAAACAUCAGGAUUCUUUGUUGAGAUCUGAUGUCAACGUACCCGUACGGUUACCAAGUUGAACGUAAAUGUUAGUGCAAGUCUACCCAGAUUUCUUUUUGGAGCGAAUCACACCUUAUCAAACAAUGUCUAACUUUGAAACUGUUAGUCAUCACACACUAACCUUAGAUACAGCAGGAUUAGUAUUGGCAUUGGUCAAAUCUUACUUUCCGC